AUGGAGUCGCAAUCUAAUGGUGGAGUGCGCCUAUCCAACAACGCUCCCAUCCGGGGACGCCCACAGCUGUCAUGUACACCAUGCAAGCGCAGAAAACUCAAAUGCGACAGGGCAAGACCUUGCGACAAUUGUGUUAAACGCCGUGAAGCAGAUACUUGCGUGUAUCCCGUCAAUGGAUCCGCCACUCGCGACCAGACACGCGAGUCUAAAAAGACAAAGAAGCGCAUUGAGCGACUCGAGUCGCUUGUCAUGGAACUUUUGGAUAGAGGUGCUUUGACCCAUGAAGCUCUGUCCGAAGGUCCGUCAACGACCAGCGAGACCGAUAGCCAUGCACAUUAUCACAUGCCUCCUCAACACUCGGACAACGGCCAUGAGACAGACACUUCCCCUGUUCAAGGAGAAGUUCCUCCUGUGCGCCGAGUGUCAAAUCUGGCUGCUAGCAGCUCGGCGCAUUCUUUAUGGGAAACCGUUCUUCAGGAUAUUGGAGAAAUUAAAAUGUACUUCGAGGAGCAUGAAACCGAGUUUGAAAAACAAUUCGGAAAGGUUGAGGAUGCGAGAAAUCCUCUGGUAGAGCCUUAUGUACUUGAAGGUAGCCCCGGUCAAUGGGACAUCGACACGUUCACCCAUGAUCUGCCGCCUCGUCCGGUAGUCGAUUUGCUAGUUGCAAACUACUUUGGCGCAGCAAGUCUCGUUCGACCUAUCCUCCACCCGAAGAAGUUCCUCCGCCAAUAUGAUAAAUUCUGGCAGGAUCAAUACAGCGUCUCAAAGGCAUGGCUAGGAACCUUAUUUGUCGUUAUGAGAACAGCAGUGCACACAGCUCGAGCAGCUGGUAUCGAUCUUUCAGCUACCCUUGGAGACAUGGAGGACACCCAAACCCUAUUCCGUAUGCGUACCAAGCAAAUACUAAUCACGGAGUUACAUGCCAAUCCAACAGUAGAGAGACUGACGUUACUGACACUGCAUCUUGAUGCCGAGUUCAUUCAGUGUCAGGACACAAGCACGGCUGUCUGGAUCAAUGUGGCUACUGCAGUGCGCAUGGCAAUGAAACUCGGACUCCAUCGUGAACCUGCUCUUGAUACCGAGCUUUCAGUGUUUGAAUGCGAAAUGCGCCGACGUCUGUGGCUUGCUAUCUCGCAGACCGAUGUGCUUAUAUCAUGGCAAGUGGGACUGCCCAGCAUGAUUCCUACAGGUCAAUGCGAUACAGGGCUUCCGAGAAACCUUCACGAGGACGAUUUCGACGAAGACUCUACUUCCCUCCCACAGUCACGACCAUGGAACGAAAUGACCAAAAUCUCCACUUUUCUAGUCAAGGCACCACUCGUUAAAGUCUUUACAAAGAUUGCCUCGCAUAUACAAGACAUUCAUCCCAGGGACUCGGACAUACCGAUACUAGAGCGCGAAAUUAUCGCUGCUCGAAACUCGCUGCCUCCCAUAUUCAAAGUCAAGUCCCUGCAGGAUUCUCUACUAGAUCAUCCCGCCAUGAUCAUUCGGCGUCUAUCAAUCGACCAGACAUUGCACAGCGGUCUAUGCGUCCUUCACCGACGACUCCUACCUCUUGCCCGUUUCAACCCGCAAUACAGUCAUUCCCGAAAGGCAGCCAUCGAGGCAGCCCUGACUUUACUCAGCUACCAAGCCAUCAGCCAUUUCGAAAGCGGUCCAACGGGUCGUUUGGCCGGCCACAAGUGGCUCGCAACAUCCAUCAUCCGCCACGACUACCUCCUCGCCGCUAUGUUGGUAUGUCUAGACUUGCGUCAAGGUAUGGAUGGCACUACACACCCUGCAUCCAGCGACAUUACCCUCUGGGGCCGUGACAGGAGCGAAGAAAUGGUGACCGCACUGGAAACGUCAUACCACGUCUGGCGCGCAUCAAAGGAUACAUCCAUCGACGCAUUUCGGGCGAGUGAGGCUGUCGCCGUUAUGCUUACCAAGAUCAGGAGUGCAGAGAGGACCAUGCAAACCUCGGGACAGAGCUCGGAGACUACAUAUUCAUCAAUACCAUCCGUAGAAUCACUCGAAAUCUCACCAAAACCUGACACCUCACCGGAGCAAUUCGUGCCCAAUCAAGUCAAUCCGUACAGUCUUUCUCUGCCGUUCUCCGAAAUCGUUGCUUCCCCUGGAGCUAUCGACUGGGUCGAAUUCGAUCGAUAUGUACUAGGCGGCAACAUCCCCAUGGACGCCAACAUGUAA